AUGGUGUCGGGUCGGAGGUUUUCUCUGGUGUACUCGAGUGAUGACGAAGAGGAUUUUGUAGUGGAGACGAGGUCUCAGGGACAGAACUCAAGGAGACCUGAGGAAACAAUGGAGGGAAGGGGGAGGAAGCGUAAGAAGGUCAGCCUGUAUGAUGAGUCUGAUGAUAAAGAUGGUGAGGAAGAGAAGGAGACCGAGAGGAAGAGGAAGAGAAAGAAAGAUGACGACAAAACUCCCCCGAAGAAAGUGAAGCCGGAUGACGUGAAACCGGUUGGUGAGCCGGUUAAAGUUACGGGCAGAGGAAGAGGCAGAAGAACCCAUUACAGGCAGUUCGAGAACCGCGGUAAAAGAUACGAGCUGGAGGAAUCGGUUCUGUUGAAUGUAGAAGGCAAUAUUCUAAAGCCUUAUAUUGCCAUUAUCAAGGAUAUUACCCAAAAAGAAGAUGGAAGGAUGGUGAUUCUGGGACAGUGGUUUUAUCGUCAAGAAGAAGCAAAGAAAAAGGAUGGAGGAAACUGGGAAACAUAUGAUAGACGAGAACUGUUCUACAGUUUCCAUCGAGAUGAGUUCCCAGCAGAAUCUGUGAUGCAUAGAUGCGGGGUGAAUUAUGUUCCAGAUCAUAAGCAACUUCCGAAAUGGAAAGCUAAGCGUGGUUUUAUCGUGCGAAGGGUGUAUGAUACUGUUGAAAAGAAGCUGUGGAAGUUUACUGAUAAGGUUUAUGAAGAUUCCAAGCAACAUGAAAUUGACCUCUUUAUGGAAAAGUCACUGUCGCGAUUGGGUGAUCUUCCUGACCUUGAAACUGAGGAAGAUUUAGAGAAGGCUGAAAGAUCUUCCCAGGAAGUUAACAUAACUCCUGUUGAUGUUAGAAAGGAGGAAGAGUAUACCUUUCCUAUUUCAUCAGAGUAUCAUUCUAUUUUACAAAAGUUUGAUUCACUAACAGAUGAUGCUCACCGUAACAAGUGUUUGGCAAAGCUUCUGGAAGCAGUCCAGAACAUAUGCUUUAACGCUGGUGAUGAAGCAAAUGUGAGUUCACAUGGAUCCCACGAGAAUCCAUUAAAUGGACAGGAUGAGAGUUUUCUCUGGCCAGAUGCUGCGGUUCUUCCUGUGUGUGCCCUUGAGCUGGCUUUACAUGUUUCUGUUGCAUCAGAUUAUUCUAAAUACAAUCAAAGGAUAAGGACGUUGGUAUUCAAUCUCAAGAACACUGCACUGCUGGCUAAACGACUGCUCAAUGGCGAGUUAAAACCUGAAAAGAUUUUGAACAUGUCACCCACUGAGUUAAAGGAGGGUUUAACUGAUGAGGAAACAGAGAAGAAUGAGCCUGCUGAUGCGGAACCAAUGCAGGUUUUUUCAUUUAUGACAAUCAAAGUUUAUCCAGUUUGUUGGAUUUGAGUUGGAGAAUGUCUUUGACCAUGCCAUGUGUUGCCUUUGGAUGCAGAUGACUGAUGCAAG